CCGAGUGCAGUGAGUUUCCCCAGGGCACAUAGCACUGAGGAGAGGAGACUCCCCUAGGUGGGGGUGGCCUCCAACGCCAGGGCUCUGCCCCCCUUCACCUCCCUUCCUCGCUAGUGCCCAAGGGGUGAGGACAGACCAAGGCCCCAGCAGAGCAGAAAACCUCAUUUCCCAGGCGCUGUUGGGCCAGGCACUGAGUGCCCACCUGUGUUUCUCUGCGGAGGUGAAGGUGGUGGGCGUGGAGGGCUCCGACAAGCUCACCAUUCUCCGAGGCUGCCCGGGGCUGCCGGGGGCCCCAGGGCCAAAGGGAGAGGCAGGCGCCAAUGGACAGAGAGGAGAACGCGGCCCCCCUGGAGCCCCUGGGAAGGCAGGACCACCAGGGCUCAAGGGAGACCCUCAGGAACCCAAUCUGUGUAACACAGGGCUCCCGUCCUGCAGCCACUCCCCGGGUUCCCUUCCCAGGCCCACGCACCUGCAAGGACCUGCGGGACCGGGGGCACUUCCUGAGCGGCUGGCACACCGUCUACCUGCCCGACUGCCGGCCCCUGACCGUGCUGUGUGACAUGGACACGGACGGAGGGGGCUGGACCGUUUUCCAGCGGAGGGUAGAUGGCUCCGUGGACUUCUACCGGGACUGGGCCGCGUACAAGCAGGGCUUCGGCAGUCAGCUGGGGGAGUUCUGGCUGGGGAAUGACAACAUCCACGCCCUGACCGCCCGGGGAACCAGUGAGCUCCGCGUAGACCUGGUGGACUUUGAGGACAACCACCAAUUUGCCAAGUAUAGAUCCUUCCAGAUGGCGGGCGAGGCGGAGAAGUACAGGCUGGUCCUGGGGGCCUUUGUGGAGGGCAGUGCGGGUGAUUCCCUGACGUCCCACAACAACCAGUCCUUCUCCACUAAAGACCAGGACAACGACCUUCAUGCCCAAAGCUGUGCUGUGAUAUACCAGGGAGCCUGGUGGUACAAAACGUGCCACGUGUCAAACCUGAACGGUCGCUACCUCGGCGGGGCCCACGACAGCUUCGCAAAGGGCAUCAACUGGAAGUCGGGGAAAGGGUACAACUACAGCUACAGGGUGUCGGAGAUGAAGCUGCGGCCCGCCUAGCCCGGUGGGCGCAGGGUCAGGACGCCCCGCAUGCACGCUGGUGGGGGUGGGGUCGGGAGCUUAGCCCUCGGGUUCAUAAAAGAAACACGUGUUGUGAUUC